CGGCAGUGCUCGGCAAUGUUCGGCAGCGCUCGGCAGCGCUCGGCAGUGCUCGGCACUGUUCGGCUGCGCUCGGCAGCGCUCGGCUGCGCUCGGCAGUGCUCGGCAAUGUUCGGCAGCGCUCGGCAGCGCUCGGCAGCGCUCGGUUCCCCCCGCUCCCACCAGGCGGCGCCCCCGCUCCCCCCGCCCCCCGCGACCUUCGGCCCCGGGCGUUGCCCGUCGGCCUGUGCCGGUCCCGGACGGUCCCGAACCAUGUCGGACGUGCAGCUGAGCGAGGGCACCGUGCAGGUGGACGGGCAGAGCCUGUUCUACCGGGAGGCCCGGCCGCAGCUCCACGCCCCGCGGCUCAACGUGCUGCUGCUGCACGGCAUCCGCUUCUCGUCCGACACGUGGCUGCAGCUCCGCACUCUGGCCGUGCUGGCCGGUGCCGGACACCGGGCCGUGGCCGUGGACCUGCCGGGGCUGGGCCGCUCCAAGGACGCCGCAGCUCCAGCUCCCGUGGGGCAGCCGGCACCGGGCUCGUUCCUGCAGGCGCUGCUGGACGCGCUGGGCCUGGUCCCGGCCGUGCUGGUCAGCCCGUCGCUCAGCGGCAUGUACUCGCUGCCGUUCCUAUUCCAGCACGGCCACAUGCUCAAGGCCUACGUGCCCGUGGCGCCCAUCUGCACCGACAGGUUUGAUGCGGAGCAGUACGGCCGCGUCCAGACACCCGCCCUGAUCGUCUACGGGGACCAGGAUGUGGAGCUGGGUCAGCUCAGCCUCAGCAACCUGCGGCACUUGGCCCGGCACCAGGUGCUGGUGCUGCAGGGUGCUGGGCACGCCUGCUACCUGGACAAGCCCGAGGAGUGGCACCGCGGGCUGCUGGCCUUCCUGCAGCAGUUGGAGUGAGUGGGACGGGGACGGCCCUCCAUGGCAUCACCGGGACCAAAUAAAACCUGAGAUGUGCUGCCGCC